CCCCCGACCUGUUGCCCGCAGGCUGUGUCGGAGCCCCGGGCGGUGUCGCGGUCAUGUCGCGACACAGGAGGGUGCCGCGGCGACAGCCCAGCGGGGCCACGGGGGGCUCGGCUGCGGCGGCGAGCGCGGUGCGGGCCCGAGCCGAGGGGCUGAGGGACGUCCGCGUGGACGAGGAGGUGGAGAUGGCGGUGCAGCUCGCCUUGGAGCGGUUCCGCAGCGGGGAGGAGGCGGAGAUGGAAUUUCCUUCUAGUUUCACUAGUACUGAAAGAGCAUUUGUUCACCAGGUCUGUCAGUCUCUUGGACUGGUAUCUAAAAGUAAAGGCAAAGGAGCAAAUCGAUACCUGACUGUAAGGAAGAAGGAUGUAUCAGAACUAACACAUGCAGUAAUGACUUGUGACUUGGCUCUCCGUACAAAACAGGCAGUUCGGAGUUUAAUUCAGAGUUUUCCCGUCACAAAUAAAGAACGCACGGAACUUCUACCGAAGACGGAGCGAGGAAACACAUGUGCUGUUGAAUCUGAAAACAAAGAAGUGAACAAGACAAGUGGACGACUUAAUGAUGGUAUCCCCCAAGUUCCAGUGAAAAGAGGGGAAUCAGAGUUUGAUACCUUCAGGCAGUCAUUACCAGUUUUUGAAAAACAGGAGGAAAUUGUCAAAAUAAUAAAGGACAAUAAAAUUGUUUUGAUUAUUGGAGAGACUGGAUCAGGAAAAACUACUCAAAUCCCUCAGUUUAUUCUUGACGACUGUUACAAAAAUGGAACUCCUUGUCGUGUAUUUUGCACUCAGCCAAGACGUUUAGCAGCUGUUGCUGUGGCUGAAAGAGUGGCAGCAGAAAGAAGAGAAAAGAUUGGCCAGACAAUUGGUUAUCAGAUCCGCUUGGAAAGCAGGGUUUCUCCAAAGACACUGGUAACGUUUUGCACUAAUGACAUGCUGCUUCGCACGCUGAUGGCAGGAGACAGCACUUUGUCAACCGUGACACAUGUUAUUGUGGAUGAAGUACAUGAGAGGGAUAGAUUCAGUGACUUCUUGUUAAUAAAACUGAGAGAUGUAUUGCAAAACCAGAAUAGUUUAAGAUUAAUUAUUUCUAGUGCUGCUCUAGAUGCAAAUCUUUUUAUUAGGUAUUUUGGAAGUUGCCCUGUCAUACACAUCCAAGAAAGACCUUUUGAAGUUAAAGAGAUGUUUCUGGAGGACAUUUUACGAAGCACUGGGUAUACAAAUAAAGAGAUGGUCAAGUACAAAAAGGAGAAGCAGCAAGAAGAGAAACAGAAAAACACUCUCACUGAGUGGUGUUCUCCUCAGGAAAAUACUAGCAAACUGAAACCUCAGAGACAAAAAUCUGUGCCAAGGGCAACUGAAGAGUAUCAUAUGUUGGAUGAUGGUGGUGACACAGUAUUUAAUCAACUGACUGAAAAAGAUGUGAAUUGCCUUGAACCGUGGCUAGUAAAAGAAAUGGACUCUUGUCUUUCUGACAUCUGGUUGCAUAAAGAUAUUGAUUCCUUUGCUCAGGUGUUUCAUCUCAUUUUAACUGAAAAUGUCAGCGUUGAUUAUAGGCACAGUGAAACCAGCGCAACUGCUCUAAUGAUUGCUUCAGGGAGAGGCUUUUUGAGUCAAGUGGAACAGCUGAUCAGUAUGGGAGCAAGUAUCCACUGCAAAUCAUCCAAUGGCUGGAUGGCUGUUGACUGGGCUAAGCGCUUUGGACAGACAGAAGUUGUUGACCUGUUGGAAUGUUACAGUGCUUCAUUUGGAUUUGGAAAGCUGGAUGAAAGUUCCCUGGUCCAAACAAGUGGUAAUGACCUUAGUGCAGAGGACAGAGAGCUGUUGUCAGCUUAUCAUCACAGUUUUGAUGAUGAAAAAGUGGAUCUGGAUCUGAUUAUGCACUUACUGCAUAACAUCUGUCAUAGUUGUGAUGCAGGAGCAAUUUUAGUAUUUCUUCCUGGAUAUGACGAGAUAGUGAAUCUGAGGGACCGUAUUGUUUUUGAUGACAAGAGGUUUGCUGAUAAUGCUCACAGGUACCAAGUUUUCAUGCUUCAUUCAAGUGUGCAGACUUUGGAUCAGAAGAAAGUGCUUGAAAGUCCACCUUCUGGCAUCCGCAAAAUAAUUCUUUCUACAAAUAUCGCAGAAACCAGCAUUACAGUCAAUGAUGUUGUAUUUGUUAUUGACUCAGGCAAGGUGAAAGAGAAGUCUUUUGAUGCACUGAGUCAUGUUGCAAUGCUAAAAACGGCAUGGAUUUCGAAAGCCAGUGCUAUCCAGAGAAAAGGCAGGGCUGGGCGCUGUCAGCCUGGAGUCUGUUUUCGUCUCUUCAGCAGGCUCCGAUUUCAGAAGAUGUUGGAAUUUCAGACUCCGGAGCUUCUAAGAAUGCCACUUCAGGAGAUUUGUUUAUACACAAAACUACUGGCUCCAAUUAAUUGUCCAGUUGUAGACUUUCUUAUGAAAGCUCCUGAUCCUCCACCUGCUGUAAUUGUGAGAAACGCUGUGCACAUGCUUAUGACAAUAGAUGCUAUGGACCCUUGGGAAGAUCUCACUGAACUUGGUUAUCAUCUCACUGAAUUACCAGUAGAGCCACACCUUGGUAAAAUGGUGUUGUAUGCAGUUGUUUUGAAGUGCCUGGACCCUGUUCUUACCAUUGCCUGUGCUCUGGCCUGUCAGGACCCUUUUGUCCUGCCCACUCUGGCCUCUCAGAAGCGUGCAGCCAUGCUCUGCAGGAAACGCUUUGCUGCAGGGACCUUCAGCGACCACAUGGCCCUUCUCAGGGCUUUCCAGGCAUGGCAGAAGGCACGCAGUGACGGCUGGGAGAGAGCCUUCUGUGAAAAGAACUUCCUGUCUCAGGCCACGAUGGAAAUCAUCGUAGGAAUGAGAACACAGUUGCUUGGCCAACUCAGAGCCUCGGGUUUUGUUAGAGCCAGAGGAGGAGCUGAUAUUAGAGAUGUUAAUACUAACUCGGAGAACUGGGCUGUAAUUAAAGCUGCCUUGGUGGCUGGGAUGUAUCCCAAUCUCGUGCAUGUAGACAGAGAAAGCCUGGUUUUGACUGAACCAAAGGAGAAGAAAGUGCGAUUUCAUCCUACCUCUGUUCUUAGUCAGCCUCAGUAUAAAAAGAUUCCCCCGGCAAACGGACAAGCUGCAGCCAUUCAGUCACUCCCUACAGACUGGCUUAUAUAUGAUGAAGUGACGAGAGCUCACAAGAUAGCAAACAUCAGGUGCUGCUCUGUUGUAACACCUGUCACUGUGUCACUCUUCUGUGGACCAGCCAGACUGCCAAGUAAUGCCUUGCAGGCUUCAUCAUCCUUCCGAGGGGGUGGGGUAUCUAAUGACAGCAGUGACAGUGAGAUGGAGGACAAAACAAUUGCUAAUUUGGCACUUCUGAAGCUGGAUGAAUGGCUCCAUCUCAAACUGGACCCUGAAGCUGCUGGAAUGCUCUUGCAACUCAGACAGAAGUGGCACAGCUUAUUCCUGCGUCGCAUGCGAGCUCCUUCUAAACCGUGGUCUCAAGUUGAUGAAACAACUGUAAGAGCAAUUACAGCUGUUUUAAGUGCUGAGGAACAGUCUGCAGGUUUGCAGCAGCCUUCAGGAAUUGGUCAGAGACCAAGGCCUGUGACUUGUGAAGAGCUUCCUUUGGCAUCUGCAUGGAGGUCAACCAACAUCAGAAAAGGCUCAGCAGAAACUGAAUUCUCUGACUCCUCUAAUGCUGAAAAAGUUUCAGUGAAACCUACACCUCCCACAGUUCACCAGCCAAAGAAGUACAAAGAGAAAGAUAUUUUGCACUCCAAACGAUCUUCAGACGACAGGUCAUCUCAGUCAUCAGUGAAGCCUGCAGACAGCAGCAGCUAUCCCAGCCCUUGUGCUAGUCCUUCCUCUCCAAUAUCUGGAAAGGGUUCAAAAUCUCCUUCACCAAGACAAAAUAUGCCGGUUCGCUACUUUAUAAUGAAAAGUAGCAACUUGCAAAACAUUGAUAUUUCUCAACAGAAGGGUAUAUGGUCCACUACGCCAAGUAAUGAACGAAAACUGAACGGAGCCUUUUGGGAAAGCAACGUGGUUUACUUAAUAUUUUCUGUUCAAGGGUCUGGAUGCUUUCAGGGUUUUGCUAGAAUGGGUUCAGCAAUUGGGUGUGAGAAAAGUCAGGAUUGGGGAUCUGCUGGUUUUGGAGGCGUUUUUAAGGUGGAGUGGAUCAGAAAAGAAAGCAUUCCUUUUCAGUUUGCACACCAUUUGCUCAACCCUUGGAACGACAGUAAGAAAGUACAAAUAAGCAGAGAUGGCCAGGAGCUGGAACCACAAGUUGGGGAGCAGUUGCUGCAGCUUUGGGACCGUAUUCCUUUGGCAGGAAAAAAAAUGACUGAUCAUGUCAAGUAAUGUGAUGGAGGUGGUUAUUUCAUGUGUUGCUUGCUGGUUUUGUGGUAGAGGAAAAGCUGUCAACAUACAGUGUUGUUUUACAGUACUAUGUUUCCUUUGUAGCUUAUAGAAAAACAGAUGCACUUAUUACUAAAUAUUCUGUUCCUUUUGAUUUUUUCAGCUGGUUUAGGUUGUUGAAACAUCAGUCCUAACCACUAGAACAAGCAAUGUGUCUACAGUACAAAGGUGAGGAAGAAGGUGGCACAACAAGCUCCUGAAGCUAGAAGUGGAAAAAUAAGAGAGAAUUGUUUGAUUUCAGUGUUUCCUUGUCUUAAAAAAUGUGAUAAUACUAUUCACCAGCCUGUUUUUGACUAAAUUUUUUUUUACAGUAGUGUGCAGUUGAUAGUUAAAGACAUGGUUAAGUUCAAAACAAAGUUUGAAACAAUGGACUACAUAAAGGUUAUUUGUGGGUUUAAAAUAGCACAGCAGACAGUCCAAGUAUGCAGGUUACAGUUAAAGUUUUCUCAACCCAGGAAAAUGUAUGACAGUGUAAUGUUAAUCAAUUUUGCAGCUUGCUUAAAAAAACCAUACUGUGAGAAUAGAUAUCUUCAAAUACAUUGGAAAGUUCCAUAAGUGUUUGUUGAACUUCUGUAUGCACAGUGAGGGAGAGCAGGAUAUAUUCAUAUAAACAACUAGGCAGCAGGAGAAUGUUAAUUUUUAAUUUAUUUUUAUUUAAUUAUUUUAAAACAUUAAUAUAAAUUAUUUUAAUUGAAUUAAUUUAAAUUUAAAUAGAGAAGGGAAAGGAGCAUGAGACUUUUGAGAUUGGAUAGGUCCAGUGAUGUUUCCAGUUUCAGUUAUUUGUCACCAGAAAGAGGUGACUCACACUGUCACCAGCUGAAACAGUCUUUCAGAGGCCUGCAGCCAAAUGGUACUCUUAAUUGUUCACUAACUUAGCACUGUUAGAAGAUUUCUUUAAAAAAAAUAAAAAAUAAGUACAGUACAA